UGAUUUUAAUCGCUAUAAGGCAGGAUGGUGGGAUUGAGCGGCGAUUGUGAAGUUCUGCUCGCGGGAACAGGAAGCUAGUUGGGUUGUAAGGUUUGUCAAGUGCGCGCGGAUUUGGAUCGUGGAAAGCGUGAAGCGUUUGGGAUUGUGGAAUACCUUGAAUUGUCGUAUGUUCCCUGGGUAUGCGACGACGCGUAUGAAGAGCUUCGUGAGGAGAGUGACGAGAAGUUGUUUGUUUCGGAAAUUCGAUACCUUGCAUUAGCUAGUGCAUGAAGAGCAGAGAGGUGCUUAUUCUGUGAGAAGAAUACCCCUCCUUUGGGCGGACAGGUUGCAGAAAUAAGCUCAUAACACACACGGAGGGUGCGAGGGUCUAGUCGUUCCUCUACUGGUGUGUGAUUUUUAUGUAACGCAUAUUGCAAGUUUUGAAACGAGGAGACAUCGUCGUCGUCGCUGGCUGGUAAUCGAAUUAGGUUUUGCUAGUGAGUUGUUGCGGAGUGUGUCGUUUCGUUGUUCGUCGUUCUUCAAAACAAAAACAUUGGUGAGCGGGAGUUAGUGCCUUUCAGGGUUCGAAUCGGUCGGGAUCCUCGUCUAAGUGAGUGUCGUUUGGUGGCCUGGUAAGAGUCCUGACAGGAUUACGCGAUGAAUCGGGUAGAUGCGGAAGAAAGUCCGGUCGAAAUGGUUGUGGAAACCGUGUCUCCUACGCCGUCCGACCUAGGUUCUAUGUCCGAUUCUCCAGUGCGACAACCGGAAAGAAAGAAAAAGAAGCGUGGGAUAUCAUUCAAGAAGUUUAGAAGUAAUGCACAAAAGUUUAUUCCGGGUAAAAAGAAAGAAGAAAAAUCGGAGGAGGAUGUGUUUACGACUGAAGAAGAUCCGCUUCCAUCGCCGCCUCCCACACCGGUACUCAAAGACAUGAAGUCAACAGAGAGUCUACCGGCAAUCAAGGAAGAGCCACAGGUUUUACCAACGACCAAGUCCAUCGAUGAGAUCCUCGAUGCCAAGAAAACCAAAAAAGCACGCAAACCGAGUCGUGCAGCAAGCUUCGUGAAAAAAAUUGCAGGACGCAAAGGUAAAGUGGCGCCAAAUCCCAAAAAAUCUUCCUCACUUGAGGAUGAACACUCGGCUUCGACGACGGAGACUCCGUUGAGCAUCAAGAGGCGAACUCCGGAGGGAGCCAACCUCAGUGUAUCAGAGACCAGUUUGUACGAGGGUGACAAACCCAGUGGCAGUUUCAAAAUCGAACAACUCGAAGGCGAGCCCAAAGUGCUCCGAACGAUUGCACCGAAAAAGACCGAAAUGAAAAUCACUCUGGUCAAAGAACGGCCCGAAAGCGUCGCCAGCACGGGCGAAGGAAGUUCUAGGGCUUCUUCCGGUAUUCAGUUACCACAGGCAUCGGCUUCGACUGACGCCGAGUCGCCUUCGUCGGCUUCGUCAUCAUCGACGAGCGGCAUUGAUAAAGCGAACCUCGUCUCAGUCGCAAGUGUUGGUGAAUCGAAGACAGUCGCUCCCGGUACUGCUGCCGCCUCGGUUAAUUCUAAUAAACCAAUUAGUGUCAACCGUCCAUCAAAAGUGAUCACAACCGCCAUCGAGGACAACGUCGCCAUUUCUUCCAACAAAGAAAUCACCAUCGGCUCUCUUCUCAGCGGCGACUACAUCGCCGAGAUCAAUAAAAUAUCGAUCGACAAGAUCAAUACCGUUGCCAGUAGUGAUCAGCCACCGCUUGGUUCGCGGGAGAGAUUCUUUCAACCCCAUCCCACAGCAGCAACGCCCACCUCCGACAAGAACGGCUCUCUACCCCGAGAAGAAAAGGACAACGUGAUUGAAACACUCGAGGUGAAUGACAACGUGGUGAAUUCCCCCGUCGCGUCAAAACCACACUCGGAAUCAACCGCCGAAAAACUCAAAAACAUUUUUAUGAAGAAGGACAACCAGAAAAAGAGUUCCGCUGCCACCCCUUCAUCGGAACCAUCUACCACCACCUCGGACGCUCCAGUUCUGACCACCGUCCGCACCCAGGAAGCCGCCAAACCGUACCAAAUCGGAAACAACAUCAAAAACCCCAAUCUCUCCGGCUUCAAGGAAUCCCCCGCCGAAGAGCCCAAACCAUCCACCUCAACGCAGCCGCCAACUGACCCCACGAGUGAUUCGCCGAUAGUGUUCAAAGUCGGCAGCCAAGUUCGACCGAAUCGCACGUCCAGUGCCGCCAAAUCCACCAAAUCCAACCUCCUAACGCCGGUCCAACCCGUAGCGGUCGACGUUGUCGAUCCAUCCGGAAGCUUCAAUCCAUCGAAGUCCCUCGAAGAGUACGGUUCGCUCGAGGCGCGGGGUUCGUCCUCCUUUGAAGAAGGACCACUCAGCGAGAACUCACGCCGAAGGAUCGCGUACGUAGCGCAACCGACGCUGUUCACACCGGAAGAGGAGGAACUGGUGAGCGGAAGGCCGUCGCUGUUGUCCAGCAUUGCCGGGGGAAGUUCGCUGGAUUCGGAGGAUUUCCUCGAGAGCAAAAUGUCGCCGCACGGAGAUUUGCUGCUGGAGAAAAGUGACAAUUCGUCAAACAUGUCCACGGCACCAACGGAAAAACGUGAGCACCUGUACAAAAUUUUGGUAAUCGGCGAGUUGGGCACCGGCAAAACAUCCUUCAUCAAGCGGUACGUCCAUCAGUUCUUCAGUCAAAAUUACCGGGCCACCAUCGGGGUGGACUUCGCCCUGAAAGUGCUCAACUGGGACCAGAACACAAUCAUACGGUUACAGCUAUGGGACAUUGCCGGUCAAGAACGGUUCGGUAACAUGACCCGCGUCUACUACAAAGAAGCCGUCGGAGCGUUCAUUGUGUUCGACGUGACGCGAAGUGCCACCUUCGACGCGGUCAUCAAGUGGAAGCAGGAUCUCGACUCGAAAGUGCAACUACCGGAUGGAAAGCCCAUUCCGUGUAUAUUGUUGGCGAAUAAGAGUGACCAACAGAAGCAAGGUAUUGUCACGACGCCGGCCAAAUUGGACGAAUACGUGAAAGAACACGGCUUCGCGGGUUGGUUCGAAACGUCCGCCAAGGAGAAUGUCAACAUAGAAGAAGCUGCCAAAUCUUUAGUCAAUAAGAUCCUGACGAAUGACAAGCAGAAUAACGCGGGCGAGAUUGUGGACUCGGACCGGUUUGCCCUGGCCGGCGGAAGCAAAGAUCCGCAUCAGAAGAAGAACUGUGCCUGCUGACCGUAUGCCGCCCCCAUAUGUCUCAGUGUUUUCAUUACUCGAUUUUAUGUUUUCUUUUAUGUUAUGGAUUAUUUUAUUCGUCUAAUAUAUACAACAAACCAGUACAGAAGGCAGAAGAAGCCCGUUUACAAAUGAUCCAGCCAGAAAAAAAAAAAUCGAAAAGCGAUUACAAAUGCCAAGCUUAUAAAAUUGCGUCCAGUGAGAAUAUCGAUGGAAACAACUAUACCAAAUAUAACUUUAGUGCACCUUCGAAAUCACAAAGAAAGGUGUAGGUCGAAGUCAAUGUAUUCUAAAUGGUCGAAACGUUGAUACAAAUUGAGUCCCCUGAAAGUUUACUGGAACCGUCUCGGGCUGUAGCUUUUUACAUUUGAAAUAUUGUUAACGUAAGAGAAAAAUGCCUGCUGAAUAAAAGUAACAACCUGUUGGAUAUAUUAUACAA